AUGUGGAAUCCAGCCAUCGCUGACAUCACGCUGCUGGCGCUGGGCACGUGUGCGCCUCAGAUCUCCCUCGCAGUCAUUGACGCCGUCAGGCGGCUGGGCAAGACCGGCGGACAGGGUGAGCGUGGUUCCAGGUCGUAUGACCUGGGAGCAGGCACCAUCAUAGGCGGCGCAGCCUUCAACAUUUUCCCCAUCCUGGCUGUGUGUGUGCUCGUGCCUCCUGCUGGCACUGUCAAGCGCAUUUCAGACGUGGGGCUCUUUCUUGUCGAGUUCCUCUGGUCGCUCUGGGCCUACGUGUGGCUCUACAUCGUGCUACAGGUGUGGACGCCAGGCGAGGUGACGAUAGCAGAGGCGGUGAUGACAGUGCUGCAGCUGCCGCUGCUCAUGCUGCACGCAUACGCCCAGGAGCAACGCUGGCCCUUCAUAGCCCUGCCGCUCUCACCACCCACCAGCCAACCUCCCACUGCUUCCUCCGAAGCCGUUGCUGCGACAGCAGGAGCUGCUAGCUCAGCAAUGCAGGAGGGUGUUGAAAGCGCAACUGUACGAAGUGCUUCCUUUACAGAUAAUGGUAUGGCAGACAGGGUUGUUGCAGGCAGCGGUGCAGCAGUAUCUGGCCUGCAUGGAGAUUUAUCUCCAGGUGUUGCCUCUGGUCCUGCUAUGGAGGGCCAUGCAGCACUGGGCGAUUUUUCCACUCCAAGCAGGAGCAGGAGGAGGCGGAGGAGCAGUGAACACGAUCGCAGCAGCAGGCGCAGCAGUGGUGGUGGUGGUGGUGAAGGGGGCAUGGGGAGAGGUAGUCGCAGGCAGAGCCUAUCGUCUCAGGCGGAGGACAGAGAGUGGGACGAUGCGGAGGAGGAUGAAGAGGUGGGGAGGGGAAGGCGCAGCUCUGGGCAAGCGUUUCAGCAGGGGGAUGUGGAGGUGCUCCCUCAGCCAGACAGCCAUGCCCAACUCAUUGCUUCUAGGCAUUCACAUGGGAGCGAUGGCAGCAGCGGUGGGACAAAGGGCGUGUCGUUUGGCAUGCGGUGGAGGCAACAAAUCGUGCUCUCCAUGAUGCUACACCCAUCGGAUUACAAUGAUCUCACAGCACAAGGCAGCAUGCACCCCUCACAUGAGCAACCAGCAGCCCGUAAAGCCCAGCCAGUGGCAGCGAGGGUGCGGCGGGUGGUGGUGCAGGCGGUGUGCUUCUUGUGGAAGGCGCUGUGUGCGGUGCUCAUCCCCCCGCCUGACGCGCUGCACGGCUACCCCGCCUUCAUCACCAGCAUCCUCGUCAUCACCCUCAUCGCUGCCCUCGUUGUCGAGCUCGCCUCGCUCUUCGGCUGCGUCACAGGGGUGAACUCGUUCGUGGUAUCCAUAACGCUGCUGGCGACGGGCACAUCCAUCCCGGACCUCAUAGCCAGUGUGGUGGCAGCAGACCACCUGCCCACUGCUGACUCCGCCAUCGCCAACAUCAAUGCCAGUGUGCUACAGCAGCAUGCAUGCAUCUCCGUCCGUUUCGUCUGUGCUGCUUCCCUUCUUCUCUUCCGCAUGCCUCUUCACUCAUUUGUACUCUGCUCUUCCUCCCCGUUGCUCCAGGAGCCUCGCGCCUGGCGUCAAGGAACAUGCCUUCGGCGGGCGUCGCGGGGAGGCGCACAAGGGGAGCUGCUGUGGGGACGCGCGUGGGAGGCAGCAGCGGGGCGACUUGGCUCUCCCUCAGCCACCAGCGCACAGCGACCAACAGAUGAGUAUCACUCCGCCAGCCCUUCCCGCUCGUUUCGCAUGCCCCAUAGCACACCCAAGCCCCCCAUUUUGUUAAGAGCCCUGCUGGCGUCAACAAACGGCCGUCGCUUUGCCUGGCGAACGCUCGUCAAGGGGACGUGGGGCGCGGAGGCAGCAGCAGAGGUUCAGCGGGCCGUGCAGGCAUGCUCCACUCGUUUGGAUCUGCAUCCGCACUCCCCACUCACUCACUCCCCCCCUCCAACCCCCAUCCCUUCCCCCCCCCAGGGUGCCAGUGGGAGCAGAGGCGUGUGGGGAGGGGCGCAGCUGCUGCACUGCACCCAUCAGUACCUUAACUCGACGCAGUUAAGUCUUGGGGUCGCUCCUCAGCCCCACUCUGGAGUGGUGGUGGAGAGUGGUUGGAAGUGGUGGUGGAGAGUGGUUGGAAGUGGUGGUGGAGAGUGGUUGGAACUGGUGGUGGAGGGUGGUUGUAAGUGGUGGUGGAGAGUGGUGGGGAGUGGUGGGGAGUGGUGGGGAGUGGUGGUGGAGAGUGGUGGGAAAUGGUGA